CUCCUUCGGCACCAAGGAUGGCGACGAGGAGUUCCUGCUCAAGUUUGUCCUGGACGCUGUUCAAAAUACUACCGAUCGAAAUCCCACUCCUGCCAUGAUCUUCCAUACCUUCGAAUCCCUGGAGCGAGAUGCUCUCGACGCGCUUUCGUCUGUUUCCACUCACAUCUACUCUGUCGGACCGCUCCACCUCCUCCUCAAUCAAUCGGUAAAUGUCGAUGAUCAGAGUCACGGGUGGAAGCCACUCAAGGGCCACCUGUGGAAGGAGAACGCGGAGUGCCUCAAGUGGCUCGAUUCCAAGGAACCCAAAUCAGUGAUGUACGUGAAUUUCGGGAGCAUCGUGCUCUUGACCCAAGAACAGCUGGUGGAGUUCGCGAUGGGUCUUGCCAAUAGUAAGCAACCGUUUUUGUGGAUAGUUAGGCCGGACCUUGUGAACCAAGGAGACGGUACUAGCGCGAAUGCCAUUCUUCCUCGUGAGUUUCUUGAAGAAACCAAGGGGAGAGGUCUGAUCUCAGGAUGGUGCCCACAAGAGGAAGUGCUCGAACACCCUUCGAUAGGAGGGUUCUUGACUCACUGCGGGUGGAACUCCAUACUGGAGAGCCUGUCGGCCGGAGUCCCCAUGCUUUGUUGGCCAUGCUUUGGGGAUCAGAAGGGCAACUGCAGGUAUGUAUGCAGCAAGUGGGAGAUGGGCCUGGAGAUUGGAAGUGGUGUGAAGAGAGAUGAUGUGGAGAGGUUGGUCAGAAAGCUGAUCCUAGACGAUGGAGAUGAUGGUGAGGUGGGGAAGAAGUUGAAGAAGAGGGCCAUGGAGUGGAAGAGGAUGGCACAUGAGGCUGCUCUUGGCUCUUCCACUAUGGAUUUUAACAAGUUGGUGAAUUACAUUACUUCUAUCCAACAUUAAUUAUGAGUACUGUGGACAAUUCGGAUUGGGCUCAGGCCACAAUUCAAGGAUUUAUUAACUUAAUUUCCUUCUACAUGAUCAUCCUUGAGGAC